AUGGACAAGCCAGUGAAACUUGCGAAGGUAUAAUAUGAAAAUUCUAAUAUUUACUGAACGUUAAAGUACUUUAACUGCACAAACAUCUUCAAUGCGUUCUUUGGAAGAGUUUGCAACAUAUUAUUAGCAAUUGUAAGGCUUCAACGUAAAACUAUCAUCAUUUGAUUUCGCAGUGCACGUAAACACGAGACUCUUCGAUCAGCUUUUGAAGGAGAAGCUUACUCUUUAUUCUUGAGAUAACUGCAUUUCGUGAAACAAUAGCCGAUCUCAAGUGUUUUUAAUCGUAAAUUUUUAGGUGACAAAAUGUUUGGGCCGAACGGGAUCCCAAGGACAGUGUACGCAGGUGAGGGCUUUUGAAAAAUUAUGGAUAUAGUUUCAAACGUCGUUAAUCAGUUGAUCGAAUUAUAUUCAACUUGAGCACGGUAGUAGCACGUUUGAAACUAUGUUGUCUUAAAACAAAAUUAUUUCCUUGACUUAAUUUUAGAAUAAUUAAGCUUACAAUUUGUAUGAGUGUUUGGAUAAGGCAAGUGAUGAACUUUCAUAGGUUUGAUUGGCCACUGUGUGGCUUAUCAAAUUCCUCCUUGUCAUAACAAUGCUUUGUAAAGCAGAGAAUUUGAGAUAGCAGGUAUCAAACCCAGUCCCUUUGCGUCGGAAGGUUAUUCUUUACCGCAUGUAUAAGAAUAAUAAAAAUGACCUUACUAUCAUUCUUACACCGAUGCCAGUUUGCUUGAUAGCUCUAAAUCUGUUGUAAUUUCGGGGUGCAUCUUACAACCGGGUACCUUCGCGCAACAAAGCAAAAUUGAGUCAAAUUUUUUACUCUAGCAGCUCUAGCUGCUCAUCCUCUUCUUUGUUAUCGGUUUUCAAUGACUUCUACAUCUUCUAAAGCUGGUAUUUAACAACAAACGAAUCAUUAAAUCAUCUGGCAUAGAUUGUUUUGAACUGAAUGUUGAUGCUGGGUAACCAGGUGAAUUUUUGAGCACAUGCUCGACCCAUGAUGGCGUUUUUUUUACAGCCAUUUCUACGCUGCGAUGUUGCGCUUGUUUCAGACCUUUAUUUUUUUUAGAAGGCUCCCAAAUCUCUAGUAGACCUGUGAGAGCUCUUUUAUCUGUUAUUUGUUAAAUUAAAAUUUUACUAGAUUUGACAGUUAAUUAACAAAAUAUUCAGGCUCAUAUAUUACGGGAUCAAUUUUAUCUUGAUAUUGCCGAUGCAUACACCGAUGUCAAUAUGCCGCAACCAAGAGAGCUGACUUGUUUAUGGAAAAACGGAUUCCCUUAGUAUUCGCAACUUUAGAAAACAAAUUGUUUUUUGUUUUGAUAGGGUUGAUUUGUAUACGUAACCUUUUAUUGCGUUUGUUCACGUAGGUGAAUGGCUGUAAUCAGCAUCGUUGUAAAGCGUGUUGUUGUAGUUUAGGUGAACAUCACCAAAGAUGCCGGCUGCGCUUUAUAGCCGGGUAUUUUUGCUUAAUUUUCAGUUUGUUAGAAAAAUCACAUUGAAAAGUGUGGGUUGCAUCUUAUAACCGAGUGCACCUUAUAAACAAAAAAUAUGGUACUUUCCUUUCAGAAAAUGAGUUAGAUGAACUUAUCAUGGUCAUAAUUUUUUUUCAAUCUUCUUGGUUCUUUAUCAUGUUGGCUCUAGUCAGUUUACAGCAGACUUGCAUUCCAGUUUAUUGUUAUAUUGAUACUGGGCUUAUUGCAUAGGCCACAUUACUAUUUAUGAUACAUGAUACAUUUCUGUACUCUACUAGACUAGUCUCCACUACUUGUUGGUGCACAAGAGUGUACAGCUAACAAGUGAUAAAAUGUUAGGUAGCAUGCAUUAUUUUGUCCACCAUCUUGAAUAAGACAAAAAUGUAUUGUAUCAUAAUAUCACCAUAUAUUGUUCAAAAUAAAAUUGAUAUUCUGUGGUUGGAAGAAAUUUUACAGGUCACCAACUCAUUCUGUAUAUCAUUGCAGCCCUAACUAGAAGGCAUUAUUGUGUUUGGAUUUGUUGCAUAUUAACUUGCUCCCAGGGAAAUGUCCUGGAUGGAAGGUGAAACUCAAUUGUUGUACCUUUCAGGUCCGAGUGGAGUUUCUUGAUGAUACAAAUCGAUCCAUCAUCCGUAAUGUGAAAGGUCCUGUCCGUGAGGGAGACAUCUUGACAUUGCUGGAAUCAGAGCGAGAAGCUAGAAGACUGAGAUAG